AUGAAGCGCAAGCUGUCAGAUUCCGGCCUGGAAAAUGAGCACCCGGCCGUUUCAACCCCGAAGAGACCACGCGUGCAAGCCAAACCCAAAAGCGUCCUAAAUGGCCAUGCCAACGGCCACGCGCCGAACCAUCCACCUCCACCCACCGAUGCCGAUGCCGAUGCCACCUACGAACUUCCUUCCGUCCCAAAUGGCCAAUCGACUCCCAAAAAGGCCAAUGGAGUUGCCGCGACCCCAUUGAAGGAAUCUGGAUUGAAGACCCCGACGCAUAGAUCGAAAGCACGCAACCUGUUCGCGACCCCGACGAAGCCCAAGUCCGCGACCGCUGCGACCCCGUCCCGUAUAAAGAAUGCAGAUCGAUCGGCGAAGAAGAAGAGUGCGCGUGUCUUGUUUGAACAGGACGAAGAUCGCGAAUGGGAUGGAUCGGAACAGUUGGCUGCAGAGAUCCUCCAAGACGAUGAGCCUCAAGUCGACAAGGCUGGUGACACGGUGAUGGAGACCGUGGAGGAGGGCGAGGCUACAAAGCCCGCUGGGAAAGACGCAAAGCCAGCGAAGCGUCGCGCUGGUAGGCCAAAGGGCGCUGCGAACAAACGUUCACCUACACCAGAGGGCGAGUUACCCGCCCAUGAACGCUAUUUCUUCCAGAACCGUGCUGGAACAGCCAAGACUUCGAACAAGAAUUUGAGCAAGGUCUCGUUGUUGACACACGAAGAGUACUUUGAGAAACUGGGCCAAUAUGUCGAUCCUUGCAAGGAUGAAAAGGAGUAUCUGCUUUCAUUACAUCACAGAUCGUUCCCGCAGUGGUUUUUCGAAUUCGAGGAAGGGUUCAAUAUCUGCUUGUUUGGAUAUGGAUCGAAGCGAAGACUUGUACAACAGUUUGCAGAUUGGAUUUACGCUCGGUCCGACUCCAUGAACCCCCCCAGCUAUCAUCAUCCAAUCCUUGGUGACGAGUUGCCCUCAAAACUAGGUUCACAACCAACCGAAGUGCUCGAACUUUUACAAUCAGCGCUGAAGUCUCGCCCGGAACACGACCCUAUUACUGUUCUGAUUAACUCUGUCGAUGCCCCGUCUCUCCGCCGUGCUGCUAACCAAGCACUUCUCGGUCGACUCGCUGCGACACCGCGCAUUCGCCUUCUCCUCACAGCUGAUACCCCUAACUUCCCUGUGAUGUGGGAUAUCAGUCUACGAGAUCAAUUCAAUCUGGUAUUCCACGAUAGCACGACAUUCUUCCCCUUUGCCGUCGAGUCGGAUAUCGUGGAAGAAGUGCAUGAACUUCUCGGCCGCAAGGGUCGUCGUGUCGGCGGCAAGGAAGGUGUAGGCUUCGUGCUGAAGAGUCUUCCCGAGAAUGCGCGGAACCUGUACCGUCUCUUGUUAACAGAACUGAUAACCGUGAUGGACGACGGCCACCAAUCCGACGACGAAGCCGCCGAAGGUGGUGCUAGCGACAAGACUAGCGAGAACAACGGCAUUGAGUUCCGCCUAUUGUACCAAAAAGCCACGGAGGAAUUCAUCGCAUCGUCCGAGAUGAUGUUCCGCACCCUGCUGAAGGAAUUCCACGAUCAUCAAAUGAUCACCUCGCGCAUGGAUCCCAGCGGUAUGGAAAUCCUCGGCGUGCCUCUAUCCCGCGAUGAAAUGGAGGGCGUGCUGGAGGAUCUGGUGUUGGGAUAA